UGCUGACAAGGUGCUGACACUAACUCCAGUUCCUCCGCGGGCGUUUCUUCCCCAAGCCCGGGCUUCCAGGGACCAGGAACGCCGUCACGGAUCGGUCCUGUCCCUCACCCCCACCCCCUAGAUUCUCUAGAAGCAGAAAUGUUCGGGCCGACGCGAAGCCUCUGGCCAGGGGCUGGCCCUAGGGGCAGGAGGCCUUGGCCCGCAGCUGGGAGCCCUGGAACAGGGCGCAGCGACGCUUAGAGAGGGGCGGGCCCAGGCAUACGGGGGCCCAAACAUGGCGACCGGGCGGGCCAUAGAGCGGGGAGAAAAAGCUGAGGACAAGCGGGUAGCACGGCGCAGACGGAGCCCGCGUCAGCCAUCUACUUCCGGAAUUUAAAACCGGUUUCCGGAAGCCAGGACGGUGUCCCCGUGACAACCGACGUUGGGCCUUCUAGUAGGCCCUUGUCUGAGAGCAAGAGAAACAGCUCUGAUUCUGAGGAACUAUAGCUUCUCCCUCAGUGCCUGGGAGAGUACUAGGACUGCUUUCUGGGAGCUGUGGAAUGUGCCCUUGGGGGCCCAAGAUAGAAGGAAGAUGCUCCAGACCAGUAACUAUAGCCUGGUGCUCUCCCUGCAGUUCCUGCUGCUGUCCUAUGACCUCUUUGUCAAUUCCUUCUCGGAGCUACUCCGAAUGGCUCCUGUCAUACAGCUGGUGCUCUUCAUCAUCCAGGAUAUUGCAGUCCUCUUCAACAUCAUCAUCAUUUUCCUCAUGUUCUUCAACACCUUCGUCUUCCAGGCUGGCCUGGUCAACCUCCUCUUCCAUAAGUUCAAAGGGACCAUCAUCCUGACGGCUGUGUACUUCGCCCUCAGCAUCUCCCUUCAUGUCUGGGUCAUGAACUUACGCUGGAAAAACUCCAACUGCUUUGUCUGGACAGAUGGACUUCAAACGUUAUUUGUAUUCCAGAGACUAGCGGCAGUGUUAUACUGUUACUUCUACAAACAGACAGCUGUGAGACUGGGUGAUCCUCGCUUCUACCAGGACUCCUUAUGGCUGCGCAAGGAGUUCAUGCAAGUCCGAAGGUGACCACUUCUUGUCACACUGAUGGAUGCCUUUCCUUCCUGACAGAAGCCACAUCUGGGGCUCUGCAGAGGGGGUGGUCAGCCCUGUACACUAGGAAGCAGCCUGACAUUUCUAGGACAGGCCCAGGCCAGUUGUGUUCAGCAGUUGAGAAGGAAGAUCCUCCCUCUAGCAAAUUAAAGUGUUCCCUAAUACAGACUCCCGUACACCAUCCCUUCCCGGCCUCCUGCCGCAGCUCUGCCCCCUUUCCUUUCCUGUUCUCUACCCCUCUUCCUCACAGAGGGCGCUGUGGCUUUAUCCUGGGGAAGCUUUCCACUGAGCCCGGUACAGGAGGAACUCCCAGCCCCUGUUCCGUUUGCACUACACACUGAUGACUGAAGGAUGCAAAGAGUGACUUUUCUGGGCUCCUGACUGAUCACACCUCAGACAUUUAGAUUUUAUACCCAAGGUACUUUUUCUACAUUUUAUAAAUAGGAAGUAAAUUCUUUCCCAUAAAUGAUGGAGUCUCUGCCUCGCUAGAUCUCUUCGUGGUUAAGAGGCAUGCCAAGUCCCAGCCUUAGCAUCUACUCGGUCCAGUGGCAGAUUGAGCCACAGAGCAGAUACGGAUAUUUACUGAAUCCCAUUGUAAGUACAAGAUGAAAUUCAGGAUGUAAUUUGAUGCCCCACGCCCAUCCCUGGAGUUCCAGACUUCUGUGUUUUAUUCAUCUCUCCCCCUGUCAGAGCCCUAAGUUGCCCUCAGAAGAGUAAAAAUGUUCCCUAGACUCUUUUGGCAAAAGAAAUUUAAAAGUUUGUGUGCCCAUAGUAUCAGUUUUCUACUGCCAGAAUAAUGUUGUAUAACAGACCCAGCACCAAACUUAAGUGGCAUAUAACAAUAAACAGUUCCGUGGCUCUUGAGUCGGGGAUCAGCUGAUCUGUCUGGGUUUGGGUAAUUUUUGCUGGGCUUGCACAUGUGUCUGUGGUCAGCUGUGGGUCAGGCAGGCAGGUGUGAUGAUCUUGAGAUCCUUGAUUCUUGGCUAACUUAGGCUGGCCUCAGCUGGAAUGACUCUGCUUCACAUGACAUCCUCCAGCAGACUUGCCUGGGUCUGUUUACAGACAGUGGCAGGGGAGCUGGAGAACAAGCCCUAGGGUGCAAUCCCAUUUCAAGCCUCUACUUGUAUUGUGUCUCCAGACUCCCAUAGGUCAAAGCAAGUCAUGUGACUGAGCCCAGUGUCUGGUAAAGUGCUACAAAGUUUCCUGGCAAGACAUGGAUACAGAGAGGGCCAUUAAUUCAAUCAGUGUACCCCACCAGAAAGUUGCUCUGUGAAACUUAUUAUUUGGAGAUACUCUAGCCCAGGAGUUGGCAAGCUUUCUGUAAAAGGCCAAAUAGUAAAUAUUUUAGAUUUUGAGGGCUGUGUGGCCUCUGUUGCAAUUACUCAACUCCGACAUCUUGUAGCAUGAAAGCAGCCAGAGAUGAUACAUAAAUGAAUGACCUGUGUCACAAAAUAUUGUUCUUUUGGGUUUUUUUUCGACCAUGUGAAAAUAUAAAUUUAAUCUUAACUUGAGGACCAUACAAAACAGGCUAGAUUUGCCCCCAGGCCAUGGUAUGCUUACCCCUGGUUUAGAAGGCUAGAAUGAAGUUCUGGGGAAAGAGAGACUAGUUAAUCAGCCAUGCUGUCCAGAUUUAUCAGGUAUUUUUUUAAAAAGAUACAGCGUUCAAAGAAAAUACCUAAGAUCCCAUAUCCUAUAAUUGGAAGAAGUGAUCUAAAAAGUCCUAACAAAGCUACUGUCUAUACUUAACUAUACCUUCAUCUGUACAAAAAAAUGACAGUUAAUAGCCUAAUUUUUAAAAUAUUUUCAUAAAAGCUCUUAAUAGGAAUAUCAUAAUCCCCUUUGUUCAUCACAAUCCCUGAAAGAUGAUAGGCAAUUUUCUGUGUCCCAAAAGGAAUCAGGGCUAGGCCGUUCUCUGUAGUCUGCAGCUAGUGAGUACAACCAAAUGCCUGUUUCCUCACUCACAGUAUAAAUGGCACUUUGUGGCCCUAGGAGUCUCGGGCCAGGGGUGGUGUUCCUUCCUUCCUCCCUCCUCCCUCCCUCCCUCUCUUCCUUUCUUUCUUUUCCUUAAUAGUUAAUACAUUCAUGUGAUACAAAAUUCAAGUUAUAAAAAGGUUUAUACAGUUAUUCUUCCCACGGCUAUAUCUCAACCACCGAGUUCCUUCUCCCUCCCCUCCUUGACAAUCUACAUUUACUUACAUACCUCUUACAGACAAUAGGACAUUUCAGAAACAUUUUUACAAAAGAAAUAAAUUGCCAUAUCCAA